CUUAUUUGAAUCAGGAAGAGCUUACGGGCUGAUAUGAAACACAAUGAAGAAGAAGAAGCUAAAACGAAAACAAACGUCCAACGAUAACAACUCUCUAGCGGCGACUGGUCCUCAGAUUCACAACUCCCAACGAAACUUUCCAUGAUCUUCGAACUCUAAAUCUGUUACCAUGGAUGGAGAAGUCCUUCUAGAAGUGCCCCCCAAUCUUCAAAUGUUGAUUCGGCUUGUGGUGCGAGGAUUUUAUGGAAUAGAGGAUGUCUUAAUCAUUGAUAUGCUUGUGAGAAACUGCUGUAUGAGUGAAGAUGAUUUGUGCGACCUUUUAAAAUUUGAUCGGAAAAUGCUUCGACAGCGCAUAAACACUCUAAGAGCAGACAAGUUUAUCCAGAGUAGAAAUAAAAUGGUUACUCAGGAGGAGGGGAAGACACAAAAGGAACAGUACUAUUUUAUUAAUUACAAGAGUUUUGUUAAUGUUAUUAAAUACAAGUUGGACCACAUAAGAAAGAAAUUAGAAAUGGAGGAGCGAGAUCAGACCAGUCGGGCAUCUUUCAUUUGUCAGUAUUGUCAGCGUUCAUAUACCGAUUUAGAGGCUGACCAGCUACUUGAUCCACGCACUGGCCAGUUGCUCUGCAUCAUUUGCAAACAGGAGGUGCAAGAAGAUAUGUCAGGAAUGCCUCGUCAUGACACUCGCCUCAUUUUACAAAAAUUCAAUGAACAGAUGGAACCCUUGUUUAACUUGCUUCGUGAGGUUGAAAAUAUUAAACUGGCUGCCAAGUUUUCUGAGCCACAGCCUAAAGACUUCAGUGAUCUUAAGAAACCUGGUCAACCAAGACCCGUGAAGCCAAUAACAAAUGCAGAUCCUGGUGGUAAAGCGUGGUCUGGAGAUGCUACAAAGAAAUCUGGAUUCCACGUGGAAGGUUCAAUUGAUGUCAACAUCAAUGCUACUGAGACUGAAGAGGCUGUGCAGACUAAAGAGAAUCCAAUAUGGUUGUCAGAAGCUACAUCCCUGAUUACCACAAAUAUAACGUCCUCUGAAUUAUCAGCACAGCAGAGUGAAAAUAAGAAUGCUCCAUUGACAAGCAACCAGGAGAUGCUUUCGGGUGGUGAUGAUUAUGUGAUGAAACUGCUCCAGGCCCAUGAACGUAAGAAGAAUAAGAAUGGAAGUCAGAAUUCGGACAGUGACUCGGAUGACAGUGGGGAUGAAGCUGCCAAGAAGAAGACCGAGAACCAUCAACCAACGGCAUUUGGCACAGAUAGCAGAGCUGAUCCGGACAUGAUUGAACUAAUGGAUAGUGAUGAUGACGACACUGUACCUUUAAUCAGUGUAGCUGGUGAAAAAGUGUCCUUCAAUGAAGUAGACAGUGCGAUGAUUGCUCGAAUGACGCAUGAAGAGAAGAAUGCUUAUAUGCUGAUUUAUCAAGAUCUAAUGGGCUCUUUAGAUGAUUAGCUCAUGCAUUCUUUCUGGUUUCUCAAGAUAUAACAUUAGGAAGGUAUUAAAUGAUAAUUUGUAUCAUUUGUAAUAAAUUUGAAAUUCUGAGUUAAAAUCCAGUAUUCAGGAAGUUUUAAAAAACAAAUGCUGUGGCAAGAGUGUGGUCUUUGUCUUUCAGGAAUUUAAUGAUUGGUAUUAUUCACUACUGUGGAUGUAAGAAAGUGAUUGGUAUUAUUCACUACUGUGCAUGUAAGAAAGUGUACAUGAAUGAUGUAUGUUACCAGGUCAGGGUUCUCAAACAGUAUUUUAUUUCAAGGAAGAAACACUGCUCUUGAGGUUAACUUUAUUGGUGUUUGAAAUGUAGGUCAUUCACUGCAGAAAUCCUCCAUUUUUAUAAAUCAUGUAUCAUCCUCAUUUAUCUGUUGGGUAAAACAUAAUGCCAUAAGGUUUUGAUAUUGGAAUGUCAUUAUCUGUUGCUGUUUUUUGUAGCCAUGUAAGUAUUAUUCUCAGGUAGUGACAAGAUGGAGUGGAUGAUAAACGUUUUCCAAGAGAUACCUUGUGAGCUGUGUUUGUUUACCUUAAGGACUCCUUAGGUUAAUAUUAUUGUGUUGUAAUUGAUUUGUUAAAUAAAUUUUUUAUGAUCUGAACAUUGAGAAUGAAAUUUACUGGUAUUAAGAUGUAAAUUUUUAAGAAGCAUGUUGUGUAUUGUUUGAUUUUUUAUUGCUUUAUAGUAGGUGACUGACAUGUAAAUGCUUAUGCUUUAGGAUAUGUUAAGGGGAAAAAUAGAUAAGGAGUAUUAGACCCAACUUGUUUUGUUUGCAUAGUCUCAGAUGUAUGGGUAACAUUCAAAUCUAAUUCCAGGUUUGCAAAAUUCUUUGGAUUUCUUAUUUAGGAAUUAUGUUUACUCUGACAGACUAUGAAUGCAGGAUGCUUUUCACAGUCUCAGAAAAGAACUUCAUCUAACAUUUGGUGUGAUCGUCUUUUGGACUGCUUUCUUACCAUCACUAAAGAGAACAAAAUACUGAGGUAUUAUAAUACUGCCUUGGCACUGAGUUUUAUUUAUCUAAAGACUUUCAACAUCUUCCAUGAACUGUACAGUUGUAUGUGUGCAUUUGAAUCUGUAUUUGUUAUAAAUAAAAUGCUCAAAGAUUAGGAAA